AUGGCCAGUGAUCAGAGAUUUCAGCGGACUGUGCAAGCAGUUGCAGAAGCUGUCCAAGUAUUUGCUGCUGGAACAUUCGACUUUGCAGAAAGCAUCAAACAGAUAUGGAGACCGCAGGCCCAGCCGGAUGCAUUAGAGACAUCCAAUCUACUGCCCGUCGAGGGCAUGCAGGAUGUCCAAAUAGUUGGCCAACUCCGAGAAAGAAUUCCUGUUUCUCAGGACGGAGAUCAACUAGCGAUCCACUCCCAUACUUAUCCGCCGUCCGUGACCUUGCACAACGGGGAGGGGGUGUCAGAAAUAUCGCAUGAAACAACCGUGCCGGUAGAGACUGCAAAUAUGGAGCUCUCCAAUAAUAUGGAUGUACUAGCUGGGUCCAUACACCGAUCUAUCAGAAGCUGUUACGAGUGCUUUGUGCGCUGGCGAGACGAAAGCCCGUUCCCACCAUGUCAUUCUAUCACAGGGCAGCAGACAUGCAACUAUUGUUUACGCAAUCAGAUUCCCUGUGAUAUGAUUCCAGCAGGCGAGAUGGGGAAGAUGUUACAGCGCAGAAGAGAGGCGGAUCUUUAUCGUGCAGCACAAAAUGGCAAUGUCCCGAUAAAACGGGAACCCUUUGAGCAUCCAUUUUACGGGACAUCCGAACAGCUCGAAAUACCCUUAUCGUCCCCAAUUGGGGACACACCACAGCAGCAGGCCAGUUCGAAGCGAGUCUAUCAAGAUAUCGAUGAGCAGCAACCUGUGGCCAAACGGCAGCAGACACAGGGAUUGCGACAAAAGCCAAUGCCAAACCCAUGCGGUGGGGAAAAGGUUAUACGACAGGAACAAGAUGGUUAUGGAGCGACGGGAGAUGGGGAGUCUUCAUCUUCAUUAGAAGAAGAAGGUUUGCAAAUGGGAGCGAACAGGCAAGAAAGCUGGCCUAUCAAAAUUUCAGAUCUGUUGCGAGUCCCGGAAAAGGUGACACACGAAUUAGAGGUAGAAGUUGAUGUAUCCUCGUCUUCCACGCAGGGGAAAUCCUCGGCAGAGUCAUCAUCAGAAGAGGAAGACGAUGACUACUCUUCCGAAGAAGAAGAACAAGCGGUGCAAAUUCCAGCAGUUCGAUCACGGCAAGAGAACAGUGAAUCAUCCUCGUCUUCGUCGGAAGACGAAUCGUCAGAAGAAGACUCAGAUGACGAGCCAGGGGAACCAAAACAGCAACUGAUAGCAAAAGAAGAGCUGCUAAAAGAACUCAAAGACAAUUCUGAAGAACUGAUUCAACUGCCAGACAAUGAAUCAUCCAACUCGUCAUCGGAAGAUGGAUCCUCUGACGAAGAGUCAGAGCACGAACCUGAAGAGCAACAAAGGAUCCAGCUGGCACCAGAAGCAUUUUUGCAAGAGAAACGCAGGGAGAUGAUGAGGAGGAUGAAAGAAGCGAUAACUAAUCUAGAAGAAGAUAUCAGUGAGUCUGAAUCAUCGUCAUCUUCAUCGGAAGAUGAAUCCUCAGAAGAAGAGUCAGAUGACAAACCAGAGGAACCAACAAAGCAACCUGGGACAAAAGAACAGCCGCCAAAAGAACCAAUUCAUCCGUCAGACGAUGAAUCUUCCGAUUCGUCAUCAGAAGAUGAAUCCUCAGAAGAAGAGUCAGAGGAAGAACCAGAACAACCAAAGAAACAGCCGGCAACAAAAGUAGAGCUUGGAAAGAGCCGCGAAGAAAAAAAGCCCGAAGAGCCGAUUGGGAUAACAAGUGAUGAAGCAUCCUCGUUAUCAGAUGGCAAAUUCUCGGAAGAAGACUCGGAUAUGGAGAUAUAG